CGUAUGUAGGGUAGGGUGAUCCAGAUGGCCGGGGAAUUAAGAUAUUGUUGCUCUUUUAUAGCGGUUUUCUGCGGUCUUGUUAUUGCAUCUGCUGUUUUAAUAGCUAUUACGGACCGCAAAAAUAAAAGGGCGGCCAGGAAGGUGCCGCUGCCGCAGUACACCGUCACGGGCGCGGCGUUGUCGCCGAACGCCACCCUCUCCGGGAACCUCUUGACAGGGGACUUCGUCUUCACACUCAGGGCCCACAACCCAUACCAAAACACCAACAACAAGACCAUUUUCUACGGCAACACCACGGAGGUGACCCUCGGCUGUCGGCGGUUCACCCCCUUCCGGAUUACGAACGCGCCGCCUUCGUCGUUGGGGUUGUUGUUGCCUCUGAUGGGCCCCGCCUCGCUUCCUCCGGGGAACGACUCGCCCGACAUCGCCCUCGAACUUCACGUGCGAAACAUGGCUUUCCCCGACGACGACGGCAGCGGCAAAACAUCCUGCGACAUGGCCUUGGCCGUGUCGUUUCACGCGGCGUUUCGUGAGGAGGAGGUGGAAUCAAAGCGUCGCCAGGCUUCGGUCCGAUGCUCCCCUCUCACAUUCACUUAUGAAACAAAGAAUUUCACGGGGGACUACGUCGGUGCAUGUGCUACAUCACGAGUUGAGAUCUUCGUCGAAGGAAAGGAAAUCUGCACCACGAGGUGAUGCCGCUGAUUCUACGCGUUAAUUUGCAAAACCUACGGCAUUAAGAUCCAUUUAUUCAUAGGCUUCAAUUCAAAAAUCAGUCGAUCACCCCAACCUGAAAAUGAUGUGACCAAAUGGUCCGAAUUAAAGAUUUGAACAAGGAUUCUCAACCAGUUAGCGUGCUUGAAGAUCCAGUGAUCCUGAUCUGGAUGAACCCCAAAUCGAGCAUUUGUUGCAGACAGCUGAAGCCAUCAGGAAAGACUAUACUAAUGAGGAUUGGCUCCAUUUGACUGCACUUAUCCAUGGUCUUGGCAAAGUUCUGUUGCUACCGAGCUUUGGAAAGCUUCCUCAAUGGGCCGUUGUAGAUGAGAUCAAUGGUGUAUAAAUAUAUGUUAACUACGAAAGUUCACAUUUAUUUAUAGUGUUGAGUUCUAAAUUUUUCCAGGUGACACAUUUCCUCUUGGUUGUGCAUUUGAUGACUCAAAUGUUCAUCCUGAGGGCUGGUAACCGAUGAAGAUCCCUCUCUUUUUGUAUUAAAUAUCUUAACUGCACCGAGGCCAGCAUCACCAAACAUAUUGCCACAUGUCACUUCUCCGAUUUAAGAAAACCAGCAGAGAAGGAAACUCUCACUGUGAUCUGUGAUCUCUUAUUCACAGAAGGAAACUCGAAAAUUAAGAGUAAACUGAUUUUUCCCUUUUAUUCCAGAUGGUGCCGGUUAGGGUUAACAAUGUUAUACAUAACUCUUUUCAAGAAGCAUGCGAAGCAUUGGGGUUAUUAGCCGAUUAUAAAGAACUCAUUGAGGGAAUAAAAGAGGUUGCUGAGCUAGGAUCUGGAAGUCAAUUAAGAAAGUUGUUUGUCACAUUGUUAGUGACAAAUACCAUGAGUCGUCCUCAAGUCGUUUGGGAAAAAAACAUGGGAGCUCUUAGUUGAUGAAAUUUUAUUUGAUUGAAGAAGAAUAUUGCGGAAUCAAGAAAUUCUUAUCUCCCCAAAAGAUCUAAAGCAUUUGUGUUUGAUUGAGAAUGAAAAGUUACUUAAUUCAAACGAUGGUAUGCCAUUUCCAGAUGACAACCCACUCAAUAGAUUUCAAAAUAACUUCUUGGUAGAGGAGUUGAACUAUGAUAGAGAAAAAUUGUCAUCUGAUCUGAGACAAUAU